AUGGGCACAAUCAACAACCAGACCGGUGGCGGUUGGGGCUUGCUCAAGGGACUCCUCCUCCUCGGGUCCCUUGCAUCCUGGGCUUGCGGAGAGCAGUUCCACGUCCAGCGCGCGGCGCAAUACCAAGAGCUGGAUGUGCGGAGCCCCAGAAUCGGGCAUGUCUUGGCUCACAUGGAUCGCAUCGCAUACGACGCAGAUGUCACGCCUAGUGCGACCGCGCCGCCAGCCUCUACGAGAACACCACUGCUUGACACCUUUCAAGUGGCCGAGCCUGUCCUGGAGCCUACAGGGCAGGCAGUUACGGUCACGUUGAUGGAGCACCAAUUUGCCAACAGCUAUGGAACCCCUUUCGUCGGAGACUAUUCGCCCCCAGACUUCGAUUUUGAUCACGUCGUGCUCAACUUCACCGUCGAGGUUAGGGGCCGGCAAUUCGAUCGCUGGGGCUCCGUGUACUUGGGCGAUGUCAACAUCUUCGCGACCUCCACCGCCGAGCCCACGUCAUACGGCAUCACCUGGACCUGGUUGAAGGAUUCCACGCCGUAUCUGUCACUUUGGAAAGAGCCACAGACUCUCAUAUUCCAACUUGACAAUGUCAUUACAGACGUCUACACAGGCCUGCUCAACUCCACUCUCACGGCCACCUUCUUCAAGAGUCCCGUUCGGACCGGAGGACAAGCGCCAGCAGACCUCAUCCUGCCAGUUUCUGCCAACAAGAGCCCAGUCACUGCCAGCUUUUGGACGUACCCUGAAGAGAACGCCACUGCUUCUGUCCAAUUUCCUCGCAACGUCAACCGGGCCGUCUUCUCCACGUCUGUCAAGGGACAAGGGAACGAGGAGUUUUGGUGGAGUAACGUCCCGCAGUCAGCCGUAGAUGCUUUCGUGCCGGAUGUGGGUAGCUAUCCGGGAUAUUCGCCUUUCAGAGAGGUCCAGGUCCUUAUCGACGGUCAAUUGGCGGGUGUGCACUGGCCCUUCCCAGACAUCUUCACAGGCGGCGUGGUGCCCCAACUCCAUCGCCCGAUUGUGGGUAUCAACGCGUUCGACUUGCGAGAUCACGAGAUUGACAUCACCCCGUGGCUGCCCCUUCUUUGUGACGGAAAUAACCACACCAUUGGCAUCAAAGUUGUCGGGCUAGUGGAUGACGGCAAGUCAAGCGCCAGCCUCACAAAUACCACGGGUAGUAGUUGGUACCUUGUAGGCAAAGUCUUCCUAUGGCUUGACGACGAAGGAAGCAUCACGACGGGUGUCAUUUCUAAGAAGACAAACCCUGAGCCCUCCAUUGCAUUCUCACAGACGCUCAAGCAAAACGCUACCGGCUUCAACUCGACCCUGGAUUAUUCCUUAUCGGUGCAACGCGAUUUCACGAUCACCUCGUUCCUCACUACGCAGAAGGGCAACGGCACAGCAACUUGGAAGCAGAGCCUCUCAUACUCCAACGUUGGAGGCCUGUACGCCAACGGUUACGGAGGCAUCAAUACGUUCUCGACCAUUGGCGAGGAGACGUCAAAAGUUCCUGGAUGGGACUACAAGACAACCUUUUCGUACCCGCUCUACUGCAACACAACCACCUCGUAUCUCCCGGCAGGAAAUUUGACUCUAUGGGCACAGCUGGAUCAAGGCCUCAAGCUUCACGUCCAGGGAAACACCGUCUACCCGACCGGCCUUGAAGCCUUUGAGGGUGAGGGAUCGAAGUGGGUCGGCAGCGUCAUUGAUACGGACAGGAAUGGAACCGCGAACUAUUCCAGAUACGCAGACAAUACCGUUACCUCGGGAGCCGGGCGUACACACCAGAUUUUCCAUCUCAGGGGACUGGAUAGUGAUGGGACUUACGAGACGCCGGGGACGGAGCUCUACUUCCGGGAUGUGACUGCGUACAACAACUCUGUGAUAGCCGACAAAGAAGUCAUUGCAGGCAAAGUUGUGACGGGGCGCGCUUAG